AUGGCGGACCGCUUCCCGUCCUUGGACGACUUUGAUUCCGGUGCUCAGACUGAUGUCAAGGACGUCUCGGCAUCGGCAGACGACUUCCUCGCGCGCGAACAAGCUCUUCUCGGUGACGACGCCGCCCAGUUCACUACCAGCAAUGACUCGGCUGCAUUUGUAGACACAUCCGACGACCUCCUGGGCGGUGGUGGAGGCGAAGUCUCCCAUCUCGAGCAAUCGCAGUUCCAGAACCAAUUCCCCGACAUCAACACUGGCAACCAGCAAGUCGGACCCAGCGGUACCAUUACUGGCCCAUCAGUCAGCUACAAUUCUGGCUUCCAGGCAUCAGUCGACGAGGAGGAGGAGCCCGAGGUCAUCAGGCUAUGGCGCGAAAAGCGCGACGCUUCCAAUGCCAAGCGAGCAGAGCAGUUUGCCCAGCAAAAAGAAGAGACCAUCAAGGAGGCCCAGCAGAACAUUGACGACUUUUACGAGAACUACAACAACAAAAAGGACAAGGGCAUUGCGCAAACCCGCAAGGAGGCCGAGCAGUUCCUGGCCAGCCGUGAGGACACAGUAUCUGGCGGUACCAGCUGGGAGCGCAUCGCCAAGCUCGUCGACAUUAGCGGAAAGGGCCAGAAGGGCGGCGCCAGCGGCUCUGGCAAGGAGCGUUUCCGCGAGCUCUUGAUGAGCCUACGCAAGGACGAGAAGGCCCCAGGUGCCGAGGGCUUCUAA